ACGAACAGCGACUACAUGAUUGUACAUUGCCAUUUACACUUUAGUCUUUCUACGGUCCUUUUCCUCCUCUCUCAUACCUUUCAUGCAAGCAUUAUCACUGGAUUUGCUAUCAUAGUAUCGCAGUGCAGUUUGUGAGCAGCUGUCCAGUCUUCAUGCACGACGUCAACGAAGAUUCUGCACUGGAGCAUGUCUUUCCUUGAAUCUGUAAAUGCCCUGCUGGCAUCAGGAACGUGGCAUUCUGGUCUGGCCGUUGUGAAAGGACUGAGAAAUGGAGCUGUGUAUGGUGCCAAGAUUCGCUUUCCGCAUGCACUCGUCAUGACGUUCCUUUUCCACAGUGGCAGUAUCCAGGACAAGGUGCGCUUCAUCCUCCGUGCCACCUACAUGCACUCUCGCAACUUGGCGUCCUUCGUCUUCAUCUAUAAGUUCCUGAUGGCACUGCUGAAUCGUUUCUCCGGAGUUCAGUUCCAGUGGCACUCGUUGCUUGCAGGGUUUCUUGGUGGUUACGCUGUGUUCGGAGAGAACAACAAGAUCAACCAGCAGAUUAACCUCUACCUGCUGUCCCGUAUCAUCAUGGGCCUGUGCAAGGUUGGUGUCGACCAGGGCUUCAUUCCCGCCCCGCGCUCCGAUCCCUUCCCCUUGUUCGGUGCGCUCGUCUGGGCAAUCGUGCUGUGGCUGUUCGAGCACCAUCGCUCGACACUGCAGCCGUCGCUGCGCGCCUCGAUGACUUACUUGUAUAAGGACAGCGAUGUGUUCACGUCCCUGCGCAACUUUCUUCUCUAUAACAAAUAGCUUUGGUUGCGAAUGCUGGUCAUUCCUGCCCCCCCCCCCCCCAUCAGUUUAGGCACUUGCAUGUAGGAUAGUUUUCAACUUUUCAUUCGACGAAUUAUUUGACAGUUCCCUCAGUACUUUAGAAAAUCGUUUCGUAUCUCGAUGAACCCUGGAUCUGCAGAUCUGGGCUGUCGCUAAAUUAGUUUUUAGAGUGAUGCCGGUUUCACGCGGCAGCAGCCUGUGAUGAAAUCUCUCUGAUUCCGAUGGUAUGUGGUGCGCGGUGGCAGUUCUUGCUUAUUGUUGUUAUGCUAGUGUCGCAAGCUUGCCAGUGUGUUAUUGACCCUGCGUCAGGCAGCUGCAGACUGAUUGUAGAGCUUAGGUUGCAGUUGCUUUUGUGACGUACCCCUCUGGUCAGACCUGUGUGCAAGCGGCAUCACUCGCUGACUGGACACUAAUAUUGAAGAUACAGUCGUUUUAUUUUUGAAUAUUCGUAAGUUUGAGGCGAGGAGGAGGGGGUUAUUUUAUUUAUUACUCACCCCCCCCCCCCCCUCCG